AUGGCGAAGUUCAACGUGGUUCAGAAAAGAAGAAGAGCUCUUGUUGCAGAGAAAAAGCGACAAAUUCACGGCGACCCAACCACCGGAAAGCUUAAGAUCCGAAAACAAAACGUUUCUCUUUCCGGCAAACGCAAGCGCAAGCUCUUCAAACAAUGGCGUCGGGAACAAAAGGAUGCCUUAGAGAGUGGCAUAGUAAGCAUGGAAGAUGUGCAAAUGGCUGUUGCAAAAGGGGAAACUAAAGAUAGCGCUGCUUCGUCUUCGGGAAAAUUUCAUUUGAAAAAGGGUUUGAAACUUAAACAACUCAAGCGCAGCAAAGGGAAGAACAAAAGAAAAUCCGAUGUACCUGCUGAUGCAAAUGCAAUGAUGGAAUAA